CACAUCGAGCGCAUCUUCACUCAUCAAGCCCCACGGAAUUGAUAAAGACCAAGACCGCGUAACUACAUGGUACAAGAAUCCGAGCAGGCCGACGCCGCUGCUAUGGACUCAUCCUCGGGCUGGGCGGUCGCGCCGGCGGUCUCCGCGGCCGCGCCGACCAUGCCGAUCGGUGGCAUACUCACCAUGGCAGGCAUCUUUCUGGUGUUCCUGACUUUCGCCCUCGCGCUCAUCUUCCUCCAGUACUACUUCAACACAAGCGUCCGGACCGCGCCGAGGGGGCGGCCACGCGGCGUCCGGGGGGCGGCCUCAGGGGGCGUCGACCCGGAGCUGCUGCGGUCGCUACCGGUCACGGUGUACCGCGCGGGGCCGAAGGGCUCCACGGACGACGUCGGGGUGGAGUGCGCGGUGUGCCUGACCGAGCUCGAGGACGGGGAGGAGGCCAGGUUCUUGCCCCGGUGCGGCCACGGCUUCCACACCGAGUGCGUCGACAUGUGGCUUGCCUCCCACACCAGCUGCCCGCUCUGCAGGGCCACCGUCGGCAAGCCCGAUGCGUCGCAGGCGCUUACACCGACGAGUCUCCCUUCCUUGCCGCCGGAGCCGGUGAACUACGCCGGGAACCUGCCGGCGAGUGUACUGCUCGGGGUUUCAGACCAGGCCACGCUCGCCGCGGUGACCGUGACCUCUCACGGAGGCCACUCGAGCCCCUCCGCCCUUGCCACCGCGGCAGUGCUGGUGAUCGACAUUCCGGACUCAAGAACAGUGGCGACCCCGCGCGGCGCGUCCAAAUCUCCGGGCUUGGCGAGGCUGAGGUCUUUGAAGAGGCUGUGGAGCUUCGGGAGGCAAGGACCGUCGGGGUCGACUCCUCCCUGCUCCGGCGGCAGCGGUAGCGGAACAGCAGACACAGACCAGGGUAUUAGCAUCACCUGUGCAACUCCAAGAGCUCCCGUGUAGCGUGGAGCCGGAAUUACCUCGGACGUGCGGCCAGCCUGCCUCCCUCCCAGUCCCAAAGAUCAACUCCGAUGCCUAUGCUCCGUACAUAUAAUGCAGCUGCCCAUAUGGACAAUGAGCAUCUCCAACAGGUAUCUUGGGCACACAAAAAGUAGUUUUACAUCACCAAAAUGUGAAUUUUGCAUCAUCUCAAACAUCAUCAGAUGAUGUAAAAAUAGGGCGCCAUUUUGCUCCAACAUGUGAUGCAUAUUGGGCAUGAAAACAUCAAUACAUUGCAAAUUUGGAUAGAACAUGACAAUUUCAAACAUACUCCCUCCGUCCCAUAAUGUAAGAUAUUUUUUGACACUAAAAACAUCUUACAUUAUGGAACGGAGGGAGUAGUUCUGAUACAAACUAAAAGCAUAGUUCCAAUACAAACUAAAAGUAGUUCCGAUACAAAGAUUCUUUGACUACGAACUACUACGAACUACUCAUCAGAGAGGUCGUCCCAGUCGAUAUCGGAGCCCGACUCGUCGGCCUCGUUGUUCACCAAGU